AUGAUAAGUAUUAUAAUUCUUUUUUUCAUAUACUCUUCGAAUGCACAACAAUGUGAUCAAAUUUCAAAUGUAGCUCGAUUUGAUUGUCACUCAGAAAAGGAUUCAACAAAAGAAAAAUGUCUUGCACGAAAUUGUUGUUGGCGUUUACCAAUUAAAUCAGCAAAUUAUACCGAGAAAAACUCGACGGAUUUUGGUUUUGUUAGUAUACCAUUUUGUUAUUAUCCAAAAGAUUUUCCAACCUAUGAAAUAAUAUCAACUGAAAUAACAGAUUUUGGUCAACGAAUUCAAAUUCUUAAAAAACAAACAACUUAUAUGCCAUAUGAUAUUCUUAAUUUAACUGUUGAUCUUAUCUAUGAAACUGAACAACGUUUUCGUAUUCGAAUCUAUGAUUCAGUUAAUAAACGAUAUGAAGUUCCACUUCAAGUACCUAUAGUAGAAAAGAAAGCUAAUAUUACUGAUUAUGAAAUUAAACUUAGUCAAAAACCAUUUGCAAUACUUGUUACACGAAAAUCAACUGGUGUUACAUUAUUUGAUUCAAGUGUAUCACCACUUAUCUUUGCUGAUCAAUUUAUUAAAUUUUCUACUCGACUAUCAAGUCCAUUGUUGUAUGGUUUUGGUGAACAUCAACAACCAUUAUUAAUUAAUGUAACACAGGAAUGGAAAAGAUUAACAUUUUAUACUCGAGAUUUUCCACCAAUGCAACAUAUUAACCUUUAUGGUGUUCAUCCAUUUCAUAUCAAUCUUGAACGAACAUCCGAUAAUCAAACAAAUGUUCAUGGACAAUUUUUUCUUAAUUCAAAUGCAAUGGAUGUCGAUCUUCAACCAUUACCUGCUGUAACUUAUACAACUAUUGGUGGGAUUAUUGAUUUAUAUAUUUUCACAGGACCAACUGUACAAAAUGUUAUUGAACAAUAUUGGGAUAUCAUUGGUAAACCUAUGAUGCCACCAUUUUGGUCACUUGGAUUUCAUCUUUGUCGUUGGGGAUAUAAUAAGAUUGAAAACAUAAUAUCAUCUCUCGAAAGAAUGCAAAAAGCUGAUUUUCCACUCGAUGUUCAAUGGACUGAUAUUGAUGCAAUGUCAUCUCAUCUUGAUUUUACAUAUGAUGAUGAAUAUUUUCAUGGUCUACCCGAAUUUGUUCGUGCAUUACAAGCUAAUGGUAUACAUUAUGUUAAUAUUAUUGAUCCAGGUAUUAGUUCAACUCAACCAGCUGGUUCUUAUUUUCCAUAUGAUGAUGGAAUUAAACGAGGUAUAUUUAUGAAAAAAUUUAAUUCAACUGAAUUAAUUACAGGAAAAGUUUGGCCUGGAACAACUGUAUUUCCCGAUUUUACAAAUCCAAAUGCAAUUGAAUGGUGGACAAAUAUAGCUGAAGCUUUUCAUGAAGUAAUUCCAUUUGAUGGAAUGUGGAUUGAUAUGAAUGAACCAUCCAGUUUUAUAGAUGGAUCAACUGAUGGAUGUACUGAUAAUACAUUCGAUAAUCCACCAUUUGUUCCUCAUGUACAUGGUGAUGCUCUCAGUGCGAAAACUUUAUGUCCAUCUGCUCAACAUUACUUAUCAUCACAUUAUAAUUUACAUAAUAUGUAUGGUUAUUUUGAAGCACAAGCAACUAAUCAAGCAUUGAAAACUAUUCGUAAAAAACGACCAUUUGUUUUGUCUCGUUCAUCAUUUGCUGGUUCAGGUCAAUUUACUGCUCAUUGGACUGGUGACAAUCAAGCUACAUUUGAGGAUAUGUAUUUUUCAAUUCCAGCUAUUCUCAGUUUUAAUAUGUUUGGUAUAACACAUGUUGGUGCUGAUAUUUGUGGUUUUCUAUUGGAUACUACAGAAGAAUUAUGUAUAAGAUGGAUGCAAUUAGGUUCUUUUUAUCCAUUUAUGAGAAAUCAUAAUGCUCUUGGUCAAAACGAUCAAGAUCCAGCAUCAUUUUCAUGGGAAGCUCAACAAAUAAUGAAACAAGCAUUAAUUAUGCGUUAUUCACUUAUUCCAUUUUGGUAUACACUUCAUUAUGAAGCAGCAAUAGAAUCCAAAACUAUUAUACAACCACUUUUUUCUGAAUAUUUAAAUGAUGCAAAUACUUAUGAUAUUGAUCAACAAUUCUUAGUUGGUCGUGCUAUUCUUGUUUCACCAAAUUUAUUACCAGAAUCUGAUAUUGUUCAUGCAUAUAUUCCACAAGAUGUUUGGUAUGAAUUUCCAUCGGGUAUUAAACUUAAUUCUGUAGGAUUAUUUACUGAUUUAAAUGCACCAAUUUCAAAAAUUAAUGUUCAUAUACGUGGUGAUUUUAUUAUUCCAAUGCAAAUACCUGGUGAUAAUUUAGUUCUUGGACGUGGAAAUCCAUUUACAUUAAUUGUUGCACAAUCUCAAUUGGGUACUGCAAGUGGAAAUCUCUAUUGGGAUGAUGGUGAUUCUAUUGAUUCAAUUGAAACAAAGACAUAUAAUUAUUUGGAAUUUUCUUUAAUUGAUUUUAAUAAAUUAACAAUUAAUACUCUUGUUUCAAAUUACAAAGAUUCAGCAAUGCGUUUGGAUCUUAUAAAAAUUCUUGGAGUAAACAAAUUUGUUAGCAAUGUUACUGUCAACGGAGAAAAUUAUUCAAAUUAUCUAUACAAUAUUCCUGAUCAAAUUUUAGUUAUUUAUGCUCUUGAUUUGAAUAUGUUAGCUCAAUCUAGUCAAACUAUUCAAUGGACAUUUUCAACUUAA